AUGGAGUUUUGGGAUGACCUGGGUCCAUUGCCAGAUUUGAAGCUGAAGUUAUGGUAUUUGGACGAUGGCUCUUUCCUUGGCCAGCGGGCUUCAGUUGCUUGUCUCUUGGAUGUCUUGUUAUCAAAGGGUCCCUCCUUUGGUCUUCAUAUCAAUUUGAACAAAUGUGAGGUCUUUUGGCCCUCUGGAGAUCAGAAUUUCCCCAAAUUUGCUACUGAAAUUCAGCGCAGUGUUCAGGUUCAUGGUGGUGGUGACUUCCUUGGUUGUCCUGUAUAUGGAUCUUCCUCAUAUGUUACUGAAUUUGUUUCCCAACGAGUGGACAAGAUUUUGGAUUGGCAGGACCGUUUGACAGCUUUAGAGGAUCCUCAGGUGGAACUUCAUCUUCUCCGCAGCUGUUUGAGCCUUUGCAAGCUGAAUCACAUCAUUAGAACGGUUCCUGGCUUCAAGAUCAAUGAUGUAUUGAUGCAGUUUGACAGUGGUCUUCAUCACAGUUUAGAGGCUUUAUCCUCUUCUUCGAUCUCUGAUCUGGCAUGGAAACAGGCAACUCUUCCAGUUUGUUUGGGUGGUCUAGGUCUUCAUGAGGCCUCUAGAUCUUCAUCUGCAGCUUUCGUUGGCAGCUGCAACUCUUCUCGGCAGUUGUCUCUCCGUCUUCUUAAUGACUCAGCGUUCAUGCCGUACAUGAAGAAAAUGAUUGGACUCAGCAUUCUUCCUUUUUCCCUGGUGAAGUGCAAUGCCGGCAACAUCUUGCAAGUCUUUUACCACCUACUAGUUCUGUCUCGUCCUCUGUUUCUUCUACACAACAUUCCUUCCAGAAGGCUCUGGAUGAUGCUUUGAGAUCCAGCAUUAAAGUCAGCUUUGUUAGUCUGCGAGAACAGGCACGUUUUAGUGCUGUCGCAUAUCCUCAUGCGGGGGCUUGGUUGAGGGCAAUCCCCAACUCAAGUCUAGGCCUGGCCAUGUCUCCGCGUGAAUUUGUGACUUCUUUGCGUUUGCGUUUGGGAAUUCCGGUUUUUCCAGCACCCCCACACUCAGUCCGUUGUGUGUGUGGUCAUGAAUUGGACAUUUUUGGUGACCAUGCUCUUGGCUGUGGUCCUCUUCGGAUUAAGCGACAUGAUGCCUUAUUUGACUCAUCUUCCACUGGUUGCUCUUAGACAACUCCAAUGUACGUUGAGAACAACGCUGUUCCU